AUGAAUCGAUCAAGCUCUGCGUCCUCUUCAUCGAGUUCAAAGCAUGUAAGCUCGAGCACGAUAGAUAGCAGUGUAACACGUCUUCUAGUGUCGACCAAGCAUUUGUUGGAGAGCCUAACACAAUGGACGAGGCAAGAGGUGGACGAUAAGUUUGUGUCCGACGCUUACGUGAAGUUGGGCAACGAUUUCCGAGCAGCUGUCAGGGCCUUUUCAAAUGCCAGAAUUGACGUAUCUGAUAUUGGAGAUGUCCCCAAGGCACUAAGGAUUGUUUUGGAAUCUGCUCUUAGUGAGCCCCCCAGUCAAGAGAAUUUAGAUCGCUUUCUUCCGAACAUCAGAAGCAUCAUAGUGAAUCUUUUGCAGAAUCUAAAGCAGAAACAACUCAAGGUCAAAGGGCAAGAAGACAGUCUUAGCUCCAAACCCCAAAUGAAAAGCUCCUUCACAGGGAAGCACGAAUUGACAAAUCGACCUUCUGUACAAAGAGAUAGCAAAAGUCUUGAUGAGUUCAGCUCAUAUGCCAAUAGUGUGGAAAUGAGUGGGGCAUGCUUGAGUCUGAAGGAGUAUGAGGGCCUGAAGGAGGGAAGAAACAAGAAAGACGCUCUCAAACAGUUGCAAGAGACUAAGGCUAUCCUGCGAAGAGCAUCAAAGCGAUUUAGUGCAUAUCAAUUUGCAAAGCUUGCUAAUGCAUCCAAGCCUACACUACCGCCGGUGGCUGGGAAUUUAGAUGAGCCAGAGAUCGUUAGUACAAAAAGCGAGGCGUCGAUUGAGAAUCGGCGAUCUGUAACAGCCUUUUUCACGAUUGGUGACAAAACAAAAAAAGUCGACCUAGAAAAACCCAUAACCAUGGCCUCCAUUAGGCUCUGCUUCGUUGAAAGGUUUGGUUAUUCACCUGGAAGCACAAUAUUUCCAGAUAUCUACAUUGAAGAUAAAAAAAACAACGUAUCUUUUGAACUUGAGGAGCAUCAAAUUGAAAACGAAAUCGUUGAUGGAGUUGUAUUAUUUUUAAAGGAGCAAAGCAAAGUUGCAAUAACGGAGGAUGUACACUCUAAGAUUAAGGAUAUCGAAGCUAACCUCAAACAAUUCACUGCUGAGAUAAGGUAUCUUCUAGAUGGUUUCGCAGAUAGCGUCAAGCUUGCAACACAGACUCUGAACACUCCGUUCAUGGCAAAUUCGAACUCUGUGGCUAAAGUGAACAAAGAACUUACUGAUAUUGCUCGGGAAUUGCGAACUAUUAAACAGAUCCAAAGCUCUCAUAAAAAUGAUGUACUGAAGUUUGUGAAUGAUUCAAUUGCGCUUACUACGAAGCUUAGGGAAGUCUCGUGGGACGAGCCGGUUGCCUCAGGUCGCCAGUACAUGGAUAAUUCCUAUGCAAAACUAUCGGGAAACUCUGAUUACCUUCUCACAAAGGUCGAUGACCUACUGGACUUGAUGGAGGCCCUCAGAAAGGAUGUUGCACAACGGGGUGUGAGAAUCGGAGAGAAACAACUUAAAAAUGCAGAGUCGGAGAUAGAGUCAGCAAAAUUUGCUUUGCAUUCCCUCAGAGAUUUUAUUGGGCAUGAAAAACCGAUGUGGAAGAAACUCUGGGAACAAGAGCUAGAUAAAGUUUGUGAAGAGCAGCAAUUCAUUACCUUGCAAGAUGAUCUCACAAGAGAUUUAGCCGAGGAUAUCAAGAAAUUGGAAGAGACAUUUGACUUGAUUAAAAAAUGUUCUACUCAACAAGGGCGUAUUACGGUGAAUAGACGCUAUGAUUUUGCUAGUAGGAUGAAUUUACUCGAGUCCGGGGAAAGCUUACAUGGUAUCAAAGAUGCCAUCAUGAGUGAAGUGGCCGCGUUGGUUCCAAACCACACAGAUCGCCUCGAGGCGAUAGCAAAGGCUGAAAGAAUACGACAUAAGGAAAGGGAAUUGAUGGGGGGUGAUCAAUUCCAAGAAGAGCUUGGCGCUUUUGUUUCAGAGCAUCGCUUAAAGAAAUCUGGAGGGAUAGAGGAAUUAGAACGACUAAGAAGAGCUAAGGAUGAUGAGAUUUUAAAAAUGACUUUUGGUGGAGUUUGA